AUGGAAAGGUCUCAAGUAGAUGCACAAACUGUUCAUGUUGAUGCUCCACAAACUGUUGAUGUUGAUCUUGAUGUUGAUGAAGGAGAUGAUGAAGAAGUUCCAAAUAAUAAGGGUGGUGGUCAUAGAGUAUCUUGUGUAUGGCAACAUUUUGAUCGAGAUGCCGUAAAGAAGGGUGCUAAGAAAGUGAAAUGCCCAUAUUGUUCAACAAUGAUGUGUGCAAAUUUAAAGAAAAAUGGUACGAGUGCAAUGGGAAAUCAUUUAAGACUCUAUUGUUCAACAUCUCCUGUUUACGACCCUAAAGGCAAAGUUGGUGAUACGAAAAAACAAUCUGUGUUGAGUUUCAAAAAAGUGGGAGACUCGAGGGCUACUUCUUUGGAAGUUCAUUCAUUCAGCCAAGAGAAAUGUAGGAAUUCCUUAGCCCGCAUGCUUCUUGCGAUUGAUAGUGGUUUUAAAACUUUUUGCGGAAGUGAGGUUGAUGAUGGUGAGGUGACUACGAGAAAAAGAAGAAGAAAUGAGAAAGUUUUAGGGACUCCCGAUGCCGACGAUUGGGAGGUAUUUUAUCGAGUAUUUGAGGAUCUUUUACAAUGUCACAAAAAAGAUAUCUGGGUCCAAAAUUCUACCAAAACAAAAACAAUUCUAGAGCAUGUCAACAAAACACUAGAAGACUUGUUUCAACACUUCAAGAGCAAGACGGAGAGAGAAAGAUGUGAAAAGACAAGGAGUGCAUCGUCUUCUACACCUAGUUAUUUUGAUUUUGGGCAUGGAGUUGAUAUGGAAGACGAUUUUGAAAGUUUUACAAAUGAUUUAUGUCCGAGCAAUAUGAGGGUGUUAGUAGAGAUCUUGAUGGGAAAGCUCUUCUACAUUCAAGUUGGCAAUAACGCCACCGUGCUAGACCUAAAGAAAGAGAUCGGAGCUCAAGAAAAACUUCCCGUUGAUCGGCUCAUUCUGCUUAUGUAUGAAAAGUUAAUGAAUGAAAAUGAAUCUUCGCUUGUUGAUUAUGGUGUUGAAGAUGGUUCUCAUUUGUAUCUUUUUUUCGAUACCCUAAAGGAUGGUUUGACUCAUCAGUCCCCAUUAACCACUUCUGAGUCGGUGAAUUAG